AUGUCCUUUGGUGACGAUCCUCCUGAACCACCGAGCUCUCCAAUUUUCGAGACUAGAGGGAAGCACCCUCAAAUGUGUAGGAAUGGGUUACAAGAAGAUCGAGUUCUCAAAAUUCUUCGGAUUCCACUCGUAAGGACUGCAGUCGUGCACGUACUGAGAGCCGAGUCUCCUAGUUGUGUGUGGGUCCGUCUCACCAAUCACAUAACAGACAAUCUAAUUCUUACCGAACCGUGA